UAUGAGUACUAUUUUUUACACAAUGAUAGUACUAGGAUUACUAUUCAGUGUAGGAAUAGGUGUGGGUGCAAGUUUGACACAAAGACAAGUAGGAUGCCUUUGUGUAUAUGCAGGGGUGGAGUGAAGUGUAGUUUCAAGAUCCAUGCUACUAAGUUAAAAAGACAACAGACUUGGCAAAUAAAAACCAUGAAGUUGGAGCAUAAAUGUGUGAGAAGCAGGGAGAACAAGAAGGUCACAGCAGAGUUCAUUGCUGAGAGGUAUCUUGAGGAUUUCAGAACUAACCCAUCAUGGAAGGUUAAGCAAAUCAAGGAUAGGGUGCUUCAUGACUUGGGGGUAGAGGUGACCUACUACAGGGCUUGGAUGGCAAGAUGUAGAGCUAAGUUGAUCAUUUUUGGUUCAGCAAGAGAGCAAUAUGCUAGGGUAUGGGAUUAUGGGAAGGCUGUACUGAAAUACAACCCUGGGUCUGGUUGUAAUGUUGUGAUUGAUGGCAUUGAAAAGCCUGAGCCUCCCUUGUUUAUGAGGAUGUUUAUUUGUUUAAGGCCUUUGAAGGAUGGGUUCUUGAAGGGUUGUAGGCCAAUUAUAGGGGUAGAUGGUUGCCACUUGAAAGGAGGUUAUCCAGGCCAGAUUUUAGUUGCAGUCUCCAAGGAUGGGAACAACAGCAUUUACCCCAUUGCUUGGGCAACUUGUGAGGUUGAAAACAGGGAGACUUGGGUCUGGUUUCUGGAAUCCUUGAUGCAAUGCAUUGGAAGUGCAGAUGGGGCAGGCUUCACCUUCAUGUCAGACAGGCAGAAGGGACUGGUUGAAGCUCUGUCUGAAGUUGUGCCUAAUGCAGAGACUAGGUUCUGUGUUAGGCACAUUUGGGCAAAUUUCAAGUUGAAGUUCACUGGAUCAGUUUUCAAAGAGCUCUUUUGGAGUGCUGCAAGAGCAACAACAUUUGUUGAGUUUCAGAUAGCCAUGCAACAGAUUAGGGAGCUUGAUGAGGAUGCUUACAAUUAUUUGGAGAACAUCCCCACUCAUCACUGGUGCAGACAUGCAUUCAGUGACAGUUGCAGGUCCAACAUGUUACUAAACAACAUGUGUGAGACUUUCAACUCUGUUAUCAGAGAUGCAAGAGACAAACCUAUCCUCACCCAAAUGGAAUGGAUGAGGAGGUACAUGAUGAGGAGAAAUAAUGAGAAGUGGGAGGACUCCAAGGAAAUCACAACCAACAUCACUCCAUAUGUGCAUAAGCUAUUUCAGAGGAUGAGCUAUGUGGCUAGGAAUUGCAUAAUUGAAGCUGCCAGGGAUGACACUUAUGAAGUGCAGCUGAAUGAUGACCAGGUUCUAGUUGACUUGCCAAAUUGGUCUUGUUCCUGCAAUCACUGGCAAUUAACAGGCAUCCCAUGUAUUCAUGCAUUUGCAUGCAUAAUGGAUCAGAGGGUUGAUGCUGAGCAGUUUGUCCACCCUUAUUACACUAUGGACACUUACAGAGCAGCAUAUGAGCCUGCAAUUCAACCUAUGCCAGGCCCAAAGCAUUGGGAGAGAGUGAACAUGAGAGAGCCUCAUCCACCAGCAUUCAAACAGCAGCCUGGAAGACCUAAACAGAAGAAGAGGAAGCUGGAACCUGGGGAGGGAACAUCUGCAACAGGAGGGGAGCAGGGAAGAAAGAGGAGGAAAAGUCAGUGUAGGAUUUGUGGUGGAUUUGGCCACUAUCCCAAGACUUGCAAGGGCCCACAUGAACCUGAACCAACUGAGCAGAGAACUGCAGGAAGGCCUCCUUUAAAUUCACCUUGGGUAGUUGAGCAAAGAAAGAAGAGGGAGAUCAAAGCUGCUAAGAAGAGUGCAAUAGGGGCUGGUCCAAACAGCAUUGGGAAUAGGACUUUUCCCCAAGAGCAACCUGGCUGUGAACCAUUGAGUAAGAGGAAAGGUUCACACAGUCAACAAGGGCAGCCACAAGCCAAGCAUCACACCACCCCCUCUUCCAGCCAACCUGAACCCAAUGCUACUGGAGUGCAGACAAGGAGGGCUAAGCUGCUGACUUCCAGACAAGGAGGGCUGACACAAUGAUGUUUGAAUUGUUUUUCUGAACUUUAGUUGUUGGUUGUAUUUUCUGAACAAUCAGUUGCAAUAUUUGUAGCUUUACUUUUGGGUAUAGGACAAGGAUCCUGUUUUGUUAAAUUAAUACUUUGCUUUAAGGCUUUACCAGCCAAUUUUGUUAGGCACUGCAACAACAAAUUUGAUCAACAACUUAAAUGCAAUAUCAACUACUUAGGUACUU